CGGUGGUGCCUCUCCUCCCGUUGCUUCCGUGGGCGAUGCGAUCCCCUUGCUGUAGAUUUGAUUGACUGGAAACAUGUCGGUGUGGUGGUGGGAGCGACCCAGGAUGCAGCUGCUGGCAAGGGAGACGGGGAGUACCUGUACCCAAUCCACACAGCAUCACCUUUAAAAUGAUUAUAUGACGAUGCUUUAAUUUAAUGGAUCCGUUUAUGUUAUUAUGAUGCGUUGGUUUUUUAUUUGAAAUGAAUAAACAACGCUCAAUGGAUUUAUUACCUGAGGCUUGAUCGAUUGUGUUCUGAUUUUUGUUUCUGUUGUGGAGGUAGCCUACGCUAUCUGCAGAUUGUGUUUGAUGAUAUAGCCCUCAGCAUCAGUACCAGGUUCAAUCAGAAACACCUUGAUGAACCACCACCAGGAAAUACAAGGACUGUUGCAAUGGAGUCGCCUUUCACAUAGAUCACAUCUCAUCUGUAAACCAAUGUACAUAAUAUAAUAUACCACCACGUUUGCUGGCUGGCGUUUUGCAGGUCGCUUUAUUUCAUGGAGUUUUUUCCACCUUUAUUUUCUGAGUAGAUUUUUUUUGAAGUACACAUAAAUAAACGACCACAGCUCGCAAGCAAUGGACGAGAAGAAUAUGACAAAAAGCGACGAGCAGCGUCUGAGUUUGCAAAAAGCCUUGCAGCAGUGCGAGUUGGUGCAAAAUAUGAUAGACAUAAGCAUUUCCAGCUUGGAGGGAUUGAGGACCAAAUGUGCCACAUCUAACGACUUGACACAGAAAGAAAUACGAACGCUGGAGGGAAAGCUGGUGAAGUACUUCAGUCGCCAGCUGUCCUGUAAGGUGAGAGUGGCCUUACAGGAGGACACCACUGAGCUACAGGACUUCCCCCGUCUGGGACACUGGUUCCGUAUAGUCAACCUGAGGAAGGAGGUCACUGAGGAGAUGGGUCCAGGCGAGGUGACUCUAGAGGGGCUGUUGGAGAUGAGUGAUGAGGAGGUGUGUGAGGCCAUGGAGAAGUUUGGAGCCAACGACGAGGAGUGUGCCCGACUCAAUGCCUCUCUGACCUGCCUAAGGAGGGCCCACAAGUCAGAACAACUUGAGGAUGAGACAUUGCCCAAUAACGGAGCGGGCAGCCAUGCCAAACAGGACUGGUCCAUCCAGUGGCCCACCUCCGAGUCCGGCAAGGAGAACACUCCCUUCCCUUCUCCCGAACCCAGCCAGUGGGUCCGCUUCCAGCUCUCCCAAAGCCCGAAGGUCCAGGCCAAGUACAAGCAGCAGCACCACAGCCAAUAUCACAGCCCCCAGGCCUUGCUACCCUAUCCAUACGGCCCCUAUGUCCAGCCAGACCGCCUCACCGUGGACAGCCACCUGGGACUGGGGGCCUUUCCUCCUAUGGACACGGGCCACCGCUCCCUGCCCCCUUCGCCCCGCCAGAGGCACUUUGCCCACACCCCUCCCCGGACUCCUCUGGUGGUCAACAGCAUGACCCCCCCGGGCACGCCCCCCAUGAGGCGCAGGAACAAGGUGAAGGCUCCCGGGACGCCCCCACCCCCCAGCCGAAAGCUCAUCCACCUGCUGCCAGGCUUCACCGCGCUGCACCGAUCCAAGUCACACGAGUUCCAGCUGGGAAAUCGCAUAGGUCUGGAAGCAGCUGACAGUCAGACACCCAAAGUGAAGCAGAAGAAGUCCAAGCCUCAGCACCUGAAGAUCAACAGUAGUAUGGGGAGCUGUGAGAACCUGCCUACCCAGCGUUCACCCCUACACUCCUCCGACCAUCGCUCCCUCCGUUCCUUUUUCUUCCCCACCUUCAUGCCCUCCACUCCCCCCGUCUACUCCGAUGCAAACACUCUCUCAGUGCCUCGCUGGUCCCCACAGAUCCCCCAGAGAGACCUGGGAAACUCCAUAAAACACCGGUUUUCCACCAAGUAUUGGAUGUCUCAGACAUGCAUAGUAUGUGGGAAAGGAAUGUUGUUUGGACUCAAAUGUAAAAACUGCAAGCUGAAGUGCCAUAACAAAUGCACCAAAGAAGCCCCGCCUUGCCAUUUGCUGCUCAUCCAACGAGGAGGGAGUAACCCCCUCAAAGAUCACCAAGGAAAUCAAGCUCGUUUGGUACGGACUGAAUCGGUACCAUGUGACAUCAACAACCCCCUCAGGUACACAGACCUGCACAUCAGUCAGACGCUGCCCAAAACCAGCAAAAUCAACAAGGAUCACAUACCUGUCCCGUACCAGCCAGACUCCAGUAGUAACCCCUCCUCCACCACCUCCUCCACUCCUUCCUCCCCCGUUCCCCCUCCCCUCCAGUGCCACCCCUCCCUCCCCCCUGCACCCCUCCCCACAGUCGGCACGGCUACAGAAACAGUUCAGUUUAACAGCCUCUUCUUACUUCAAAUACAAGCAGCAGUUCAUCUUCCCAGAUGUGGCCCUGGCCCCAGAGGCCCCCAGCAGGGCACCCCAGGUCAUCCUGCACCCUGUCCUGUCUGAGCCGGGAGUCGAGAUGAAUCGUUUAAACCCUUUACUACAGAUUGAAGUGGAACCUACAUCAGACAACGAUGAGGUGGAGGAUUCAGAGGAUGAAUUUGAGGAGAUGAACCUGUCUCUGCUGUCGGCCCGUAACUUCCCC